ACAAGAAAUUGAGCUGAAUUUCGAUUCUUCUUCUUUUUAAUUUUUGCCAAAAACAACUUGUUUCUGGUUUCUGUCAGUUAUUCCCAGAAAACUAACGGUUAAAAGGUACAUUGGUCCUAAUGGGCGGCGACAACGUAUGUUUAAUUCUUUAAAGCUGAAACGAUGUAGGGUCAUUUUUUAUCAGCCCAAUUUUUAUAUGAGUCCCAACGGUUUGAAUUAUAUUUGAGUGGUCAGAUAUUCAUAUAGACGUUGGCAGCUUGCCAGGGAAUCAGCGGUAAACGUUACAUACAGUACGUCACAACUGCUAACAUGUUAACGACUUUUCUAGAAGGUGUAACGUUAGAAGUCGCCCGGAAACAACUGAUCCGGUAGGUUGCUAAACGGAGCAAUUACACAGAAUACCAGUGAACACCAGGGAGCACUUUGAGUGAUUUGAUGACCAUGGGACGGAGCCCGAGGAGACCCCUGAUCCUCAGAAGAAGAAAGUUGCCCUUCCAACAAAAUGAUCCUCCAGCAGCCGAGCCGCAGAGCCAAGCUGAUGCUUCAGCCUUCAAAGAACCUCCAAAAUCAGCUGCCAGUCAGAGCUUCCCUGAUGGCAUCUGCAUUAUGGAUCACCCCUCCACGUCUGACACACAGGUGGCCGUCAUCCCCAGAACAGCAGACCUUCAAGGUGUCAGCGGGGCCCUCACGGCCAAAGGCAAAGAGUGUGGUGUUCAGAGGCCAAACGAGUUCAUCCUUCUGAGUGGGAAUGGCGGCCUGGAUGGUGGAUGUUCAUGUCAGGCUGCUGCUGACGGGGAUGACGCCUCCACAGCUGGACAACCAGUGGAAGCAGAAGCUAUGUUCAGCUCCCCAGAUGCUAAACCUCUCACUGGAAUUAAAGCAUUGAAUGAGGAACUGGAGUGUGGCCCUUUAGAUGACAGCCUCACCAAUAUUCAGUGGCUGGGCCAAAUGAACAUGUGCACCGUCAAACCAGAUCCUGCCAAGAAGACGACUAACAAGGAGAACCAAACACCCUCGCAGUUACAGACUCUUCAGGUGCCAAACCCACAGUUUGAUGCAGACGCUGUCCAGCAGCCCAUGUCAGAGAGGCCACCAUACUCCUACAAGGCCAUGAUCCAGUUUGCAAUCAACAGCCGAAAGACCGGGAGGGUGACCCUGAAAGAGAUUUACAUGUGGAUCGAGGACCACUUCCCUUACUUCAGAGAGGUGGCCAAACCAGGAUGGAAGAAUUCCAUCCGUCAUAACCUCUCUCUGCACGACAUGUUCAUUCGUGAGACGUCACCAGAUGGGAAAAUUUCUUUCUGGACAAUCCGGCCUGAGGCCAACCGAUGCCUCACUCUUGAUCAGGUGUACAAGAAUCAAAGGAGGAUCGUUCCUGAUGCAAGAAAGACGCCAACGAGCUCUGAGAGAAGGAUGAAGCCUCUUCUCCCUCGAACCGAUUCCUACUUGGUUCCCAUCCAGCUCCCAGUGGCCUCUUCUGUCUACCUGCCGUCCUCGUCGGCCCCGUUUCCCCCGUCCAGCUCGCAGCAGAAACAGAACACUUCACGAGGAGCCAAGAGAGUGCGGAUAGCUCCUAAGGUGACGCAAAGUGACGCCCCAGCUGUGGUAAUGUAUCGUCAGAAGAAUAAAGACCUCAAGGUGGAGGUGAAGGAGGAGCCGGUAUGGGUCCCCAUUAAAUUUGAGACUCCCAAAGCCCCCCCAAAGAGACAAGCCAGCAGCUCCCGACGCAAACAGCGCCUGGUUCCCUCUCAGCACGAGGAGCCCAUCCUCCUGUGCCUUGACAAUACUUUCUUUGACUCUGGUGUAGCCUCUGACACCUCAACUUUCCAAGACUCGCAAGACGCCGAGCCGGACGAGCCCCAGCAGGAGCAGCAAAGCCCCGAUCGGGACUAUUCCUUCAAGACCCCCAUAAAAAGUAGCAGCCACCUGACCUCCUCCACGCCUAGUAAGCCUCCCUCUCAGGUCUUACCCGAGCCGUGGAAAGUGACCCCUGUGGGCAAAGAGAGCCAAAACAUACUGGACUUCAGCCCCUUUCGCACACCAGGCGGCCCCGCGGUCACGCGGCGGCAUGACUACACCACCUUCAACUUCAACAGCACUCCCUUUGAAGAGCUGCCUCUGUUUAACUCCCCCAGAGAGCUGCUCACGUCCGCUCCCUCCAGAGUGACCGGACUGACGGACUCUCCCAUCAAGUAUCACAGAGGCAGCUACUCCAGCGAGCUGCUUCAGGCACCCUCUAACCUCUCGGUCACAGAGGGCCUGGCCCUGGACACAAUGAACGUCAGCCUGAGUGAGAUUCUCGUGAACGUUAGCUUCACAGGUCUGGAUGGUGAGGACUUGGAUAUGGCCAAUAUCAGCUGGUCUGACAUCAUCUCUCAGUUAUAGUAGCCGGAGGGACAAAAUGCAUUUCAUGUACAGGGACGUAGAAAGAAAAAAGAUUUCCGCACACUGUUGCGUCAGGCAGAGGUCUGUACAGGGACGUGUCAAGUUUUCCAAAACACUGUAAGAGAAAAUGGGAAUACUGAGGAGAACACUUUAAUUUUAGUUUCCAGGUUGUCAUCCUUCACAUUAGAUGUUCCUCUCCACCUACUUUCUGACUGGUUUCAUCACUUAUUAACAGCUUCUUUUCGUCACUCUUAUUUCUAUCUGUAAAACUUGUUUGCUUUUAUCAUUUCUCCUGUCAUAUCUGUCCCUACUCUUGAAGGAUUUGCAGGAGAAAUAUGUCUGUAUGUAUGUGUAUAAACACCAAUGUAUGUUGAUUUGCACAUUUUAAUAAAUAAUUUAGCUUUGCAUAUGUAAAUGAGAAGAUAAUAUAUUCCCUGAUAAGCCAGCGAGACGCCUU